GACUUUAAGGAUGUGUUGUUUAGACGCGUGAGGAAACAAGGGUUCUUAAAGCUACCUUUCUGAACUAAUAUAAUUUCGAUUUCGGUAGAAGAUUGAGGCGAUGUCUGGCUACUAGCAUGUGGCUUCUUUGACAAGGAGAGUUGUGGAUGGUGUAAAGUAUGUGACUUCUUCUCGCAUUGGCCUCACACUAAAACCGUCAGCAGAAACAGGAGCUUUGCAGUCAUCGGCUGCUGCAGGGGAAAGUCCUUGCCAUGUCUUUAGUAGAGGAUAUUCUGGAUGUACUGCGUAUGGUCCUGGAGUAUUUUGGUGUACCUCCAGAAAUGAUUGUUCCUGUGUGGGAAACUCAGCUCUGUGGUCAGUAUCGCAGCAUUGUGCGAAUGAUCGGGACAAAUCUCCCACUGAAACCCACUCCACGUGUCCAUUUUCAGAUCCCCCUGGUCACUAUUAGGCCCAAUGGAUACACGGAAGUUGCGGUCGACACACCCGUCAUUCCUACAUUUGCAGAUGUCAUGUGGGUGUUUGACUACAAAGGGGAGAACUUUGCCAGAACCAGGAACCAUUUACCUCCAACGAAGGACAACACUAUGAGUCAAGAUCUGAUAAGGUACCCCAGACUAGCUCUGAAUCAAGCUCGGAUAGGAGGAGGGUCCGUGCGACAGAGGGCUGACCCUGAAGCCCUGCAGAAGAUCACACAGCUGGAGAGUGAGCUGCUCAAGCUACGGGCGCAGAUCGCCAUGAUUGUUACUGCAGCUCCAUCCCCAGCUCUGACUGAGACCCUGAAUGCUCCAUGUUCACCUUUGAUGUCCCCUGCUCCACUCCAAACUCUCACCUCCACACCUCGUCAUGAUGCUCCUCCUCCACCGCCUCCACCUCUUCCUCCCUGCCAAAGCUUCUCCAAUGAGAAAUCGUCUGUGAUGGAUCUGAUCAAAGAGCGCAGGAACAACAGCUCUGAUAGGGGCCAACUUCAGGCCCAGGACUCAGGGCUCAGCAGAAAUAUGGAAAACAGACAGGUUCCUUCGAUGCUGGACGUUCUGAGGGAUUUAAAUCAAGUCAAACUGCGCUCAGUGGAGAGAUCACCAGGAGGCACUCCAGUCAGGAGGAAAAGUUGUAAGGGGGAUGCUGCUUUGCGGAAUGACCCCGCAGCUCUAAUUGCUCGGGCACUUAAGAAGAAGUUUGCUCAGCAUCGUCACAACACCUCCACAGACAAAGAGAAUUCACUGGAACUUUCUCCUUUUGGCAGUCCAGAUACUCCUCCGGUGUCUCAUCACGGCAGACGCAGUCAGGGUCGUCGGCAUUUAUUAACUGGUUAAACUCCCGACACGUCACAUGUGACCAUCGCUUAGGAUGGUCAAGCCUUUUAACAGAUUUCCGCAGCAGCUACUGAUUACCACGUUGUUUUAGCUUCUCUCUUGGGGGGUUCUGAGAGCAGUAUUUGUCUCAAAAUGUCUUUGUUGAUGUUAUGUGUUGGGAUUAAAAACAUUUUCAAAACUCACUGUAAACUGGGGUUCAGGUACUGUUUAUAUUUUUGUACAUGGGAGUUUUAUUGUUUCUAAUCUAAACGUUUGUGAAAAUAAUGUGAACGAAUAUUGAAGCAGGUACGGACUUCAGCUCGUAGCUACCUGCCUUGAUAGUUACAGAUAUUAUUUGAUGAGGAAUGUCUUGGAGAUUCAUAUUCAGAGCUAUUCUAUGCAAUUUCUGAAGUUGUUUUUGCUCAUUAAAAAUACAUUUGCACUGUUUUA